GAACUGAAGGCACUGCUUAGUAAUGAAGCGGAGGGGACGCUCAGCGAGGCUUUGGACUGGGGCUCAGCCGCGAGCCCUGGCCUCAGUGCAGGCCACUAGCCAGACAGACCUGGAAAACUGGGUCACUGCCAUACACUCGGCGUGCGCGUCCCUUUUCGCAAAGAAGCGUGGCAAAGAGGACACGGUCCGGCUGCUGAAGAACCAGACCAGAAACCUCGUGCAGAAGAUCGACAUGGACAGCAAGAUGAGGAAGAUGGCAGAGCUGCAGCUGUCCGUGGUCAGCGACCCGAAGAACAGGAAGGCCAUAGAAAACCAGAUUCAGCAGUGGGAGCAGAACCUGGAGCGCUUCCACAUGGACCUGUUCAGGAUGCGGUGCUACCUGGCCAGCCUGCAAGGCGGGGAGCUGCCCAACCCCAAGAGCCUCCUGGCCGCCGCCAGCCGCCCCUCCAAGCUGGCCCUGGGCAGGCUGGGCCUCCUGUCGGUCUCCUCCUUCCACGCCCUGGUGUGUUCCAGAGACGACUCUGCUUUCCGGAAGAGAACGCUGUCCCUGACCCAGCGAGGAAGAGGCAAGAAGGGCCUGUUUUCUUCACUGAAAGGGCUGGACACGCUGGCCAGGAGGGGGAAGGAGAAGAGGCCCUCUCUCACCCAGGCCGAUGAACUUCUGCAUCUGUGCGGCUCAGCAGGAGACGGCGCCCCCCGGGACCACACGUGGGGGGUCCAGACCUACAUCCACUUUCAGGACAACCAGGGCGUUACCGUGACGCUCAAGCCGGAGCACAGAGUAGAAGAUAUUUUGACUUUGGCGUGCAAGAUGAGGCAGUUGGAACCCAGCCACUAUGGCCUACAGCUUCGAAAACUGGUGGAUGAAAACGUUGAGUACUGUACCCCUGCCCCGUAUGAGUACCUGCAAGAACAGGUUUACGAUGAGAUAGAGGUCUUCCCGCUGGCCCUGUACGACGUGCGGCUCACCAAGACCGGCGCCGUGUCCGACUUCGGGUUUGCAGUGACCGCGCAGGUGGAUGAGCGCCAGCGUCUCAGCCGGAUAUUCAUCAGUGACGUUCUCCCUGACGGCCUGGCAUAUGGCGAAGGGCUGAGAAAGGGCAAUGAAAUCAUGACCUUAAAUGGGGAAGCUGUGUCUGACCUCGACCUGAAGCAGAUGGAGGCCCUGUUUUCUGAGAAGAGCGUGGGGCUCACUCUGAUCGCCCGGCCCCCAGAUACCAAGGGCACCCUGUGUACUUCGUGGUCGGACAGUGACCUGUUCCCCAGGGACCAGAAGGCUCUGCUGCCGCCUCCUAACCAGUCCCAGCUUCUGGAGGAAUUCCUGGAUAGCUUCAAGCAGAAUACGGCCAAUGAUUUCAGCAACGUCCCAGACAUCACCACUGGCCUGAAGAGGAGUCAGACCGAUGGCACCCUGGACCAGGUUUCCCACAGGGAGAAAAUGGAGCAGACAUUCAGGAGUGCUGAGCAGAUCGCCGCGCUGUGCAGGAGUCUUAACGACACCCAGCCCAACAGCAUGGAAGGGCAGAGGGAGAGCCAGGACCCGCCCCCGAGGCCCCUGGCCCGCCACCUGUCUGACGCGGAUCGCCUCCGGAAAGUCAUCCAGGAGCUGAUGGACACGGAGAAGUCCUACGUGAAGGAUCUGAGCUGCCUCUUUGAAUUAUACCUGGAGCCACUUCAAAAUGAGACCUUUCUUACCCAAGAUGAGAUGGAGUCACUUUUCGGAAGUUUGCCAGAGAUGCUCGAAUUUCAGAAGGUGUUUCUGGAGACUCUGGAGGAUGGGAUUUCAGCGUCCUCUGACUUUAACGCACUUGAAACCCCCUCGCAGUUUAGAAAAUUACUGUUCUCCCUGGGAGGCUCUUUCCUUUACUAUGCCGACCACUUCAAGCUGUACAGCGGAUUCUGUGCCAAUCACAUUAAAGUGCAGAAGGUCCUAGAGCGAGCUAAAACUGACAACGCCUUCAAGGCCUUCCUGGAUGCCCGGAACCCCACCAAGCAGCACUCGUCCACGCUGGAGUCCUACCUCAUCAAGCCCGUGCAGAGAGUGCUCAAGUACCCGCUGCUGCUCCGGGAGCUGGUGUCCCUGAUGGACCACGACAGCGAGGAGCACUACCACCUGACAGAAGCACUGAAGGCAAUGGAAAAAGUAGCAAGCCACAUCAACGAGAUGCAGAAGAUAUACGAGGAUUACGGGACCGUGUUCGACCAGCUCGUGGCGGAGCAGAGCGGAACAGAGAAGGAGGUAACAGAACUUUCGAUGGGGGAGCUUCUGAUGCACUCGACUGUCACCUGGCUGAACCCGUUUCUGUCUCUAGGAAAAGCCAGAAAGGACCUUGAGCUCACAGUGUUUGUUUUUAAGAGAGCUGUCAUACUGGUUUAUAAAGAAAACUGCAAACUGAAAAAGAAAUUGCCCUCGAACUCCCGGCCUACACACAGCUCUGCUGACUUGGACCCGUUUAAGUUUCGCUGGCUGAUCCCCAUAUCUGCGCUUCAGGUCAGGCUGGGGAACACAGCAGGGACAGAAAACAGUUCCAUAUGGGAGCUGAUCCACACGAAGUCAGAAACAGAGGGGCGGCCGGAAACCAUCUUCCAGCUGUGCUGCAGUGACGGUGAAAGCAAAACCAACAUCGUCAAGGUGAUUCGAUCUAUCCUGAGGGAGAACUUCAGGCGGCACAUAAAGAGUGAACUACCCCUGGAGAAAGCCUGCAAGGACCGCCUGGUGCCCCUUAAGAACCGUGUUCCCGUUUCAGCCAAACUAGCUUCGUCCAGGUCCUUGAGGGUCCUCAAGAACUCCAGCGGCGAGUGGCCCGGCGAGCCCGGCAAGGGCAGCUCGCUGGACUCCGACGACUGCAGCCUGAGCAGCAGCACCCAGAGCAGCGGCUGCCACCCGGCGGGGCGCGGGCAGGACGCCCUGAAACACCCGCCCUCGGGCCUGACGGGUUUCCCAGACAGUCUCAGAGAGAGUGACAUUCUGAGCGACGAGGAGGACGACUACCACCCGGCCCUGAAGCCCGGCAGCCCCACCCAAGACAUUGAGGUUCAGUUCCAGAGACUGACAAUCUCUGAGGACCCAGACGCGCCCCCGGGGGAGCAGCCGGGCUCGGGCGCUCAGCCACGCAGGGAGCAGCCCAAGCUGGUCCGGGGGCACUUCUGUGCUAUUAAACGGAAAGCGAACAGCACCAAGAGGGACAGGGGGACGCUGCUAAAGGCACAGACGCGUCACCAGUCCCUCGACAGCCAAUCUGAAAGUGCCACCCUGGACCUCACUUCUGUCCUCGAGCGAGAAUUCAGCGUGCAGAGUUUAACGUCGGUUGUCAACGAGGAGUGUUUUUAUGAAACAGAGAGCCACGGAAAGUCAUAGCACCAUUCCAUCCAGAGAAACUGGUGGUAAAGUGGAAAUUGCAGAGAAACUAGUCCUUAUUGGAUUUUGUGGAGUAUACAUUUUCCCACAAGAUAGUUGUAAAGAUUUAAGUUAUUUUAAUUUAUUGUGGAUCAGAAAACUAGAUUAAACUGGUCAGAAUCUGUAAAUUACUUAGUUUAUAUCCCAUUUGAGCAGGUAUCAAAAUGACUUAGAACCCUUAAAACUGCAGUCUAAUUAAUUAUUUUAAUUUAUGUGGAAAAGGAGGGGAAGUUGUGAUUAAUAGCUUUUAAAAAAGGUCAUUUUGUUCAAUCCUCUGGGCAUUUCCUUUGAGCUGUUAGUUUUGCUUUAUUUAAAGCAUAUUUAAGUUAUUUUAAUGUGGGUUAGGGGCACUGUGUGCAGAUAUUUCAUUUUUGUAAGGCUGGAAUAGAUGCUGUUUAUACUAAUAUGUCAUAGCUAUGCACAUAUAUUAAAAGAAGCUUGUACUGUAA